AAAGAUACAGUUCUGACAUUGUCCAUAUGAUGGCGCUAUUAAGUAAACAUGUGAGUCGAGAGAAAAGGCGUCAUCGGUCUCCUAGCAGCGGUGUGUGGGAGAGUUUUACAGGGUUUCCAGGACGCCAGAAGCGUCCCAUCCAGAUAGGCAAAUGGGGCUUUUUGACAAGCUUGCAGGCUGGCUGGGCCUGAAGAAGAAGGAAGUGAACGUGCUGUGUUUAGGUCUGGACAACAGUGGAAAAACUACAAUCAUCAACCAGCUAAAGCCAUCCAAUGCUCAGGCUCAAGACAUUGUCCCAACUAUAGGUUUCAGCAUAGAAAAGUUUAAGACGUCAAGUCUUUCUUUCACAGUGUUUGACAUGUCAGGGCAGGGCAGAUACAGAAAUCUGUGGGAGCACUAUUACAAGGAGGGUCAGGCCAUCAUAUUUGUGAUUGACAGUGGUGAUAAACUUAGAAUGGUGGUGGCAAAAGAAGAAUUGGAUACUCUUUUGAAUCACCCUGAUAUUAAGCACAGAAGGAUACCUAUACUCUUUUUCGCCAACAAGAUGGACCUCAGGGAUGCAUUGUCAGCAGUAAAGGUCUCCCAGCUCUUGUGUCUGGAAAGCAUUAAGGACAAACCAUGGCAUAUCUGUGCAAGUGAUGCAGUGAAAGGAGAAGGUCUUCCGGAGGGUGUAGACUGGCUGCAAGAUCAAAUCAGAGCGAUGAAAACGUAAAACCCUCCUGAAAUAAAAAAAAAAAAAAAAAAGUCAAGGUCACCAGCUGCAGUGGCGGAGCCAGACAAAACAGGCAAAAUCUUCACCUUUGGGCACAAAACUGAUGUCUGUGCUGACAUUAAAAUCAGUUAGGUUGGUAGUGUAAUAAACUGUUUGGCCCUGUUUGCACUAGGUAUGAACAUCUGUUUCAGUUGAUCUGAUCACAAGAGGUCAGUCGAUACUUUUCUUUUUAAAUUUCACUACGUUUUCUUUCAAAGUCACACAUACCUAGUAAAGUUGGAUCUUUUAGCCCAAUAAGUGAUUGACAGAUUCCCAGUUGUCCAGGAUGCAGAAGAACACAUUAGAAUUUACAACAAAAAAAUCAGUUCGGCCAUAUACAUUUUCUCACUACCUCCAAAUGAGUAGGAUCACAAAACAUUUCACUAUUUUUAAUUACCUGAGCUAUUAUGCUAAUGUCAGGUGUAAAUUUGUCUGUGACAGUGCAUCUAGGAUUUGAUCAUUGCACCUUCUAUCUUGAUGAAUACAUACACUACACUUCUUGGCUGCCAAUGCUAUAAUGUAAUUCUGUUGAGAAACUUACUGUAACAGGUUUCUCAGACAGCAGAGCACGGUGACUAAUAUUUUAUAUCUUAGCUAUGUUUGUAUAUGAAUAGAUAGAAAACAUUCCUGAGCAGUGUUUAUUCCAUUGCUUUAAAAAGUAAAAUUGGUCAAAGCUUGUUACUGUAGUGAUGUACAGUAGUGCCGUUUAGUCACUAUAUUUUACUUUUUCAUGCAUUGUAUGCAUGUUGCCUCUGAACAGUAUGAAAAUGAGAAAUUAUGACAAAAUCAUUACAAAUCAUCACAGAAGAAAUGUUCCUUUUUGUUCUGGAGUUAUUUAUUUUCCAUAAACAUUUUGUUUUAAAAACAUGUAAAGGAAUUGUUGCUGCAUUUUUGUCUUGUGUUUUGUCUAGACAAAGUACAUUUUCACAUUUUAACUUAUUUUCUAUACAAAACAUUUCACUGUUUUUAGUUGUUGUUGUUUUUUUUUUUUUUCUUCUUGAUGUUUUAUUCACAAAUAAGGGAUGCUGUAAUAGAAUGUUUAAACAAUAAACAAACUGUGGGCUUACUCUGUGUAUGAAUAUACAGUAUAUACAAUAUAUAUAAUACACAGUUGAGGUCAAAGUUUACAUACACCUUGCAGAAUCUGCAAAAUGUUAAUUAUUUUAGUAAAAUAAGAGGGAUCAUACAAAAUGCAUGUAAUUUUUUUUUUUUUAUUUAGUCCUGACCUGAGUAAGAUAUUUCACAUAAAAGAUAUUUACAUAUAGUCCACAAAAGAAAAUUUAUAGUUGAAUUUAUAAAAAUUACCGUUUAAAAAUUUGCAUACACUUGGUUCUUAAUACUGUGUUGUUACCUGAAUAAUCCACAGCAGUGUUUUUUUUUUUUUUUUUUAAUUAAGUUAUUAUUAUUGACAGUUGUUCAUGAGUUCCUUGUUUGUCCUGAACAUUUUUAUGUAUUUGAACCCUUUCCAACAAUGACUGUAUGAUUUUGAGAUCCAUCUUUUCACACUGAGGACAACUGUGAGACUCGUAUGCAACUAGAAGGUUUAAACGCUUACCGAUGCUUCAGAAGGAAAGACAAUGCUGAAUUUAAGGAUCAGGGUAAAUUUUACUUUUUUUGUCUUCUAGGAAACAUUUUCUGUAGCUUUUGAAGGGGAGUACUAAAUGGGGAAAAAAGAUAUUUAGGCAAAAAAAUAAUACCCAUCCUCAUUCUGUUUGAAAGUUUACACCCCCCAGCUCCUAAUACAUGGUUUUUCCUUCUGGAGCAUCAGUGAUAGGGUGACCACCUGGCAACAGGGCUGUUUUGGGAAAUAGAUGUGAUUUUGCGGGACAAUGUGGGACACGUGAGGCUGAUACAUUUUGUAUUGUUAUGUAUAUGUAAAUACUGAUUACAUCUGUUGUCAUAUGCGCUGAUCUGUUUCUGAGCGCGCACAAGCAAGUGAGAGAAAGCAUGUCAUUUUUAUGAGUGAAGAGAAUCCACCUGCGAGAAAAGAGAUGCAGUAAAAUAAUGUGCUCUAGACAUUUUUAAUUUAAAUAACGCCAUAAACAAACUAUUAAAAUAAGAAGAAAGUCGCGUCUGAAAGCUGCAUCGAUUUAUUUUUUUUUUUUUGGUUAAAAUGAAUGGAUAAUAUCAUGUUUUUCUGUGUGCGCUCGACCAUUUCCGUCGGUGGUUCUAGAUCACUGGAUGAGGUCUGCAAAUCCUUUGCGCAGAAGAAGAAAAAGAAUAAAUAAAAAGCUUUCUUAAAAAGGCAAACUAUUAUUUUAUCUUGUGGACUACACUCUUUAAAAAAAUGGUGCUUCACAAUGCCAUAGAAGAACGCUUUUUGUCUAAAUGGUUCCAUAAAGAACCUUUAACAUCUGAAGAGCUUUUCUGUUUCACAAAAGGUUCUUUGUGGCGAAAGAAGGUUCUUCACAUUAUAAAAAGCUAAGAAAGAGAUGGUUCUUUAGAGAACCUUUGACUGAAUGGUUCUUUCAUGGCAUUGCUGUGAAGAACUUUUUAAAGCACCUUUAUGUUUAAGAGUGUCAUAAGUGUAAUAAAUGUCUUUUAUGAGAAAUAUCUUAUUCGGGUCAAUAAUAAAUAAAAAAUAACAUGCA